GGGUAGCAACCAAACAUCAGUUAACGGAACUAACCUAAAUAUUUAUUUAGUAAAAAUUUAAUCUAAUUUAAUUUUAAAAUAUACUUAUAGUUUAAACUAGAAAUAAACAUGAUUUGUGGCACGCAGGAAAAGCCUUUACCAAUGUUCAAAAAGAAAUGGACACCAACAAAAGUAUGUGAUCGAACAACACUGCUAGCUAUUCGUCGUCCAACAUCUGUAUCCAAAUUCAGGGAUAGUAUACCACGCCCUUAUUAUCGGCCACUAAAAAACUAUCUUCCAAUAUGGGAGUCUAGAAAAUUGGACGAAAAAAUUCCAAUGUAUCACGGAUACACUCCAUCCGGUCCAAUUGUUUUCCAUAGAGGACUUAUGGGAAAGAAUCCUUUUGUAUCAGAUAAAAAAUUAAAUUUUGAGUUAAACAAUUCAUAUGGAAUAUCACUCACAUAUAAUCCAUUACACGAUCCGCAUCUAAAAAACUGGGUAAAUUCACCAAUCAAUCGUGCAUUUUUGCAAAGACAAGGACUAAUCACUGAAGACAACGAUGUGAUAUGCAGCUUGACUGAAUACAAUGAAUACAGACGAUUUUUAUUACGCAUAUAUAAUGAUACAAUAACACGUACACUAGAGAUUGAAAAUGCAGAAAAUGAGGAUCGCAAAAAAAUAGAAACUGCAAAUUUUAACCACAAAAAAGAAUUAAUUAGGAAAUUAAAACUUUUGAACUAUGAUAAGUCAAAACCAAAAUCACAAAACGUAAAAAGUAAAAGAAACCAUGCCAAGCCUAUUUGUAGACCUUCAAAUAAAGAAAGAAAACUACCAUUCAAGAAAAAAAUUGAAACGUAUACUGUAUUUGGAUCCCGCUUGGGUGGUGUAAUUGACACAAACAAAUACAAACGUACCUUUAUAAAAGGCAACCCAAAUGAUUACUUAUUACUGGGAUUGUUUGAUGAUUUUUUUGAUCAACGAAAAGACGUAAAACAAAACAAAAAUAGAAAAUAGAAAUCAUUUGGGGAAAUUUUUCCCUUUAUAAUGGAAGAUAGUUUUUUAGAGGCCGUUAAUAAGGGCGUGGUAUAUUAUCCUUGAAUUUGGAUACCGAUAUUGAACGACGAACAGCUAGUAAUGUUGUUUGAUCACAUAGUUUUGCUGCUGUCCAUUUGUUUUUGAACAUUGGUAAAGGAUUUUCCUGAGUGCCGAAAAUCAUGUUUAUUCAUUUCUAGUCAAAAUGUUUUUGAACAUU